UACUCAUACACUGUCACAUAGAGAGAGAGAGAGAGAGAGAGAGAGAGAGAGAAAGAGAGAGAGAGAGAUGAGGAGCAAUGAGGUGCGUUUGAACUGUGGCAUAACAAUGCCUGUCAUCGGUUUAGGCACUUAUUCCUCAGAAAAUGAUAGGGAGACAACAGAGCUAGCCAUCCAUAUGGCUCUCAAGAUGGGUUACAGGCAUUUUGAUACUGCAAAAAUAUAUGGUUCGGAGCCAGCUGUGGGCAAUGCUUUGACAGAGGCAAUCCUCCAUGGGAGAGUAGAGCGAGAAGACAUUUUUGUUACGUCUAAACUCUGGGGGAGUGAUCACCAUGAUCCCGUUUCUGCACUCAAGCAAACUCUGCUGAACAUGGGCAUGGAAUAUGUGGACAUGUAUCUGGUGCAUUGGCCAGUGAAGUUAAAGCCAUGGGCUUGUUAUGCAGUCCCAAAGGAAGAGGACUUUGAAGAAUUGGAGAUGGAGUCCACCUGGGCUGGGAUGGAGAAGUGCUUGGACAUGGGGAUGUGUAGGUGCAUUGGUGUGAGCAAUUUCUCCAGCAAGAAGACAGAACAUCUGCUAAACUUUGCUUCUGUUCCUCCAGCCGUCAAUCAGGUGGAAAUGCAUCCGAUGUGGAGGCAAAGCAAGCUCCGUGAGACAUGUGCAAGCCACAGAAUCCACGUAAGUGCCUACUCACCACUCGGUGGGCCCGGGAACAUAUGGGGAUCAACGGCUGUGGUUGAUAAUCCAAUCAUCCAAUCCAUUGCUCUUAAGCACAAAGCAACCCCAGCUCAGGUUGCUCUGAAAUGGGGAUUAUCGAAAGGAUCAAGCGUGAUCGUCAAGAGUUUUAAUCAAAAUCGGAUGAAGGAGAACAUGGGGUCCUUUGAUCUGAAGUUGGACGAUCAAGAUUUCAAUGACAUUGACAGCUUGGAGGAGUGGAAGAUCAUGAGAGGGGAGUUUCUUGUUAAUCAAACAACAAGCCCCUACAGGACAAUUCAGGAACUUUGGGAUGAUGAAAUUUAAGUAAAACUACAAGGCAUUUGAGAUGUACGAUUAAAAAAUCCACCCACCUUUUCUAUUUUUUCUUUAUCAUAUUUUCGGUUGUACAAGAAUGCUGAAAGGUGCCAGUAUUUAUUGAUGCUUAUGGUUCUUCAAGAGCAGAUAUAGAGGUCCAUUUUCAAGAGCCUGGAACCCUGGAUAUGUGUAUAUCUUUUUGUAUCUUUGUUUCUUCGCUGCAAUUGUUAUGGUCUUCAGGGAUUCCAUUAUGCACCCUUUGUAAUUAGGUUUCAAUUAUGGGAAGAUCGAUGGCAUAACUAGGCAUCAGGGCACAGGUUUCUCAAUGCACAUAAAGAGCAGUGGGAAAGUUAGCAUUUUUACUUCAAUAAUAACAACAAAAACAGGAACAAAAACAAUCGUAUCCUUUAUUUAUCUGCAAAGGUGAACAUAGAAUGCAUUUAAAGAAUAAUUACAUUAUAAGCAAAGGAGAUGGAUGAUCAGGAAAAAUAUCA